AUGAGCCGGGGGCCAUGCGGGUGCAGGGGUUCCCCCUGGCUGCGGGAAGCUGCCCAGGCUGCGGGGCGCUCCGCGGCCGCCCCGGAGCCGCCCCGCCGGCCGCAGCCCCUCCCCGCAGGCGGUCUCCUCGGGCGGGCGGGGGCUGCUUCUAGGCUGGGAGGCGGGCUCGCGGCUGGCGGGGUGCGGGCGCGGCUCGGAGCGCAGCCGCGGGCAGUACCCCCCAUGGCUCUGACAGCCGCCCGGGCGCGGGUGCUGCGCCCCCUCAGCCGCUGGCCCCCGCCGGGCCGGCCGCCCCUGGCUGGCCGCAGCUGCCGCCGCGGUGCGGGGGGCUCCGCGGAGCUGCCGCCGGGCGGCUACGGAGCCUGGCAGGAGCGGGCGGCCCGCGACCCCGCCGGGUUCUGGGCGGAGGCGGCACGGGGGACGCUGUGCUGGGACAACCCCUUCCACACGGCUUGCCGGCCCGGCCGGCCCGCCGGCACCGCUCGCUGGUUCCUCGGGGGUCGCCUCAACGUCUCAGUCAAUUGCUUGGAUCAACACGUCAGAACGUCUCCGAACAGAGUGGCUUUGAUCUGGGAGAGAGAUGAGCCUGGCACUGAAGUGCACGUCACAUACAGGGAGCUCCUGGAUCUGACGUGCCGCCUUGCCAACACCCUGAAGAAAUAUGGGAUAGAGAAAGGGGACAAGGUGGCCAUUUACAUGUCUGUGUCUCCCUUGUCUGUGGCAGCCAUGCUGGCUUGCGCCAGGAUCGGUGCCGUUCACACCGUGGUCUUCGCUGGAUUCAGCGCGGAGGCCUUGGCCGGGAGGAUCGUGGACUCUGGGUGCAAAGCAGUUAUCACCUACAACCAGGGAGUGAGAGGAGGUCGAAUCAUAGAGCUGAAGAAGACUGUGGAUGAAGCUGUGAAGAACUGUCCAAGCAUCCAACAUGUUUUUGUGGCUCAGAGGACAGAUAACCAAGUCCAGAUGGGUGACUGCGAUGUUUCCCUUGAGGAGGAGAUGGCCAAGGCAGCCUCUGUGUGCACUCCAGAGAGCAUGGACAGUGAAGAUACGCUUUUCAUGCUGUAUACCUCGGGCAGCACAGGGAAGCCCAAAGGGAUUGUUCACACCCAGGCUGGCUACCUGCUGUAUGCUGCUCUCACUCACAAGUAUGUGUUUGACUACCAGCAAGGUGAUGUCUUUGGCUGUGUGGCUGACAUUGGCUGGAUCACGGGACAUAGCUAUGUUGUGUAUGGACCACUCUGCAAUGGAGCCACCUCUGUCCUGUUUGAAAGCACUCCAGUGUACCCUGACCCAGGUCGUUACUGGGAAGCGGUGCAGAGGUUGAGGAUCAACCAGUUCUACGGGGCGCCGACGGCCGUCCGCCUGCUGCUGCAUCACGGAGAGCACUGGGUGAGGAAAUACGACAGAUCCUCCCUGAAGACCUUGGGGUCAGUGGGAGAGCCCAUCAACAAUGAAGCUUGGCAGUGGUUGUACCAGGUGGUGGGAGAAGGGCGCUGCACCCUCGUGGACACGUGGUGGCAGACAGAAACUGGUGGUAUCUGCAUUGCCCCCCGGCCUUCAGAGGAGAACGCUGAGAUCGUUCCAGCUAUGGCUAUGAGACCUUUCUUUGGGAUCAUACCGGUGCUGAUGGAUGAGAAUGGAAAGGUUAUAGAGGGCAAUGAUGUGUCUGGUGCCCUCUGCAUCGCCCAGCCGUGGCCUGGCAUGGCAAGAACAAUCUAUGGAGAUCACCAGAGAUUUGUUGAUGCCUAUUUCAAAGCCUACCCAGGUGUCUACUUCACUGGGGAUGGUGCCUACAGGACCAAGAAAGGCUACUACCAGAUCACAGGGCGCAUGGAUGAUGUCAUCAACAUCAGCGGACACAGGCUGGGCACGGCAGAGAUAGAAGAUGCAAUGGCUGAUCACCCUGAGGUCCCUGAGACAGCUGUGAUUGGGUACCCCCACAAGAUCAAAGGAGAAGGUGCCUUUGCUUUCAUAGUGCUAAAGGAGCAGACAGCUGAUACAGCCCGUGUCAAAGAAGAGCUCAAAGCCAUAGUGGCUUCCAAGAUAGCAAAAUAUGCUGUGCCUGACCACAUUCUGGUGGUGAAACGGCUUCCUAAAACCAGAUCAGGGAAGAUCAUGAGGAGGCUGCUGAGGAAAGUGGUCACUGAGCAAUCAAGCAGCAUGGGAGACACCACCACGCUGGAUGAUCCAAGCGUUGUCAAGGAGAUACUGGAUGCUUACCAGAAAUACAAGGAGAAGGGUUCCUCAUAG